UUCUAUAGACAUCAAGUGGACCUUGGAGCAUGCUAUCAUCUGAAGAACAAUAAGGGAAUCUGUCUCAGCUGCUCUCAUGAUAGCGCCCCCUACAUAGCUCACACAGAGCCCUGUACACAAGACUGCUGGGUGCCCCCCACCCCCAGCCAUGAGAAAGGAUCACGUCUACAAGGAUGGUGCUUGAAGAUCGUUCCCCAUGAAACAGAUGGGUUUCUACAUCAGCUCCUUAUCUCGAGCUCCUUGCACCAAGACUCAGGUUACAGGUCUUUGGACACGUACUUUAAAUAUUGCUGGUCUAAUUGUGUUCUAGACAAAGAGCUGGUUGACCGGAAGGAUUAUUAUGGAAAAACCCCUUUAUAUUGGGCAGCCUAUAAAGGUCAAAGGGUUUCAAUGGAGUUGUUGCUUCAACAUGGGGCAAACGUGAACAGCUGUUGUAAGCACGGCGGAACCCCGUUACAUGCUGCCAUAGGGUUAUUUCCAGAGUGUGCCCUGUUACUGAUACAGCAUGGUGCUGAUAUUAACCUCCAUGAUAACUGGGGAGUAACUCCAAUGUACUUGGCGGCUUGUAGUGGACAAAUGGAGUGUAUUCGACUCUUGGUUCAGGCUGGAGCUGAAAUUACUUAUAAGAACAAGAAAACAGGACUACCACCCAAGCGCCUUGCUUCGCAGGUGGCAUUCAUUGCGUGGAUUGAGUCGUUUUCCCAUCAGCCUCGCUCAUUAAAACACCUGAGUCGUUUAAAGAUACGCUCCACUAUGGGCCCCCAAAGGCUAAGAACCAUUAGGACCUUUAACUUGCCACAAUCACUCAAGUGCUACCUUAUGUUUGAGGAUCUAGUACUGCAAGAAGGUCUUUAGCGUUGAUAGUGGCUAAACGCACUUUACAGAUAUGCUGUAUUGGCAUAAUAUGCACCCCAGUACAGCAACUCCAUGCAGCAAUGCAGUGACUUUUCACACCUCUGUAAAGAACAAAUUGAAUUAUUUGAAAACAAAAUGGGAACACCUGAAACCUGCAAAACUAUAAAAAGAAGUCAGAGAUUCUCUCAAAUCAGAGGAAUUUUUGAAGAAUAUCUCUCCUCACUGAGCUUCCAUUGAAUACCACGUCAAAAAGGCCAGCUAACACAGUCAAUGCCAAGGGUUAAAGGGGACAUUUUCCACCAGUGGUAUAAAUAUAUAUUAUAUCAUCUCCGUUUACAAUCUGGAGUCCAUAAUAUAUCAAUAUAUUUCUAUUUUUUAAGCUGAACCACUGUAGGGAACAAAAGUGCUAAGACACGGACUAGAGACUUAACAAUUCUGUUAAACAAAACAAAGCCCAUAGGAAGUCCUUCAGCUGAUGUGGAACUACAAGAUCUAUAGUGCUUUGCCAACCACAAGACUGGAAAACUAUCAUGGACGUUUUAGUUCCACAACAGCUGGACUGCUGCCUAAGCUCACCCCAAACGUGGAUUUAUGAUAUAUUAUUAAUUACUAGCAAAAUAUGUAUCUGGAAUAUUUGUAAGAACUUUGUUCCUCCCCUCAAAGCCUGUAGUAAAGAACAUCCGUAACUCAUCAACUCAUAACAUGUUCCUUUCUUGACCAGUUUAACUGAACCCAUUACAUGCGGAACAGGGCAAGGGGUGAGUUCUUUCACAAACACUUCAUAUAGAAUUUGGCACAUAAUAUAAAUAAAGCAAAGCAUAACAUUUUCCUUAGUAGACUUUAAACCAAUUUUCAAUUAGGUUCCAUCUUGAUAUCAAAGAACUUCAGAUAUUAUGGAUGGGGUCUGCAGUUUCCUCUCUUCAAAUGAUAAUGUAGCAACUGUUGUUUCUGUUUUGGGUCCUGAAAGUUGUUUUUGGCCUGUCUUUGUUGAAAGGUCUUCUUAUAGAAUUCUAAGCAUUUUUGAUAUUCCAAAGGCUAAACCAUUGGCUACAAGGAAAAACACUGUCAGUCUUUUCCAGGUUGUGCUAUUUAUUGGGAUAUUUUUUUUCAAAAGUUUCAAAGACACAUUUAAUGCCAUAAAAGCUUUUGUUGUUGAUAUGAUGUUGCACUUCAAAACACACUUAUUUUUGUCAGAAUAGGCUAUAGAAAGAUGACCAUUAAUGAAACUGAUGGCCUAGGCAUCCCGUGGACGUUAAAAUGUUUUAUGACUUCUCCAACACAACUCUUAAACAAUGGCGUAAAUUAACAUGUUUGUUAUCUAAGUGACUUAUCUAAAUGCAGUUCAGAACAAAAAGAUUUACAUGUUUCGAAUAAGUAGAAAAUGCUGAAUGUAACCAUUUGAAUGCAAGGAGUGUGGAAAUAUAUUGGCCAUAUUUUGCAAGCUAAUGCUGGCGCAAUAAGCAUAAUGAUCAAAUUAGUUUCUAUGGUAAUUGUUCAAAUUUUAACAUAUAUGGACCAAUGUGUUACUCGUUCCUCUGGUGAUCUAAUGGCUAAGCUGCAAAUAAUCUGUUUAAGAAAUAAUUCAAACUAUAGUUUUUUGAAUGCAUAUUUCUGUUCUUAUAGAAACAGAAUUAUAACUGCCACUUGUUCCAGCAGGUGACAUAAUGGUUUUGGUUUAAUAUGUGACACAAUGUUUUGUGACUUUUUUUUUUUUUUUUUUUAAAUAAACAUAAUUAUUAAUAUCU